AUGAAACUAUCCAUAAUUUUCGCGACGGUAUGCCUACUCAUGACUACCUGGGCUCAGAUGACACCCCAGCAGAGGAAACGGGGACGGGAGGGGCUAUACGUGACCUGGGCUCAGAUGACACCCCAGCAGAGGAAACGGUGCGAACAGUUCAUCAGUAUCUUCGAGAACGACUCCAUUGACAUCCAGUACUCGUAUGUCGAGGACAUAGGGGACGGGAGGGGCUAUACGUGUGGUAAGUUUGGUUUCACCACAGCUACCGGUGACGCACUGGUGGUCGUCCAGACCUUUACCAAACAAAAUCCGUUCAAUUCGUUGAAAAAAUAUUUGCCGGAAUUGGAGCGACUGGCCCGGGAGGUCAGCAAUGAUACUUCCCAUUUGGACGGCUUUCCCCAGGCAUGGAAGGCCUCUUGUGCCGAUCGGCUGUUUAUUGAGGUUCAGGACGAGGUGUCGGCCGAAAUCCCUGCUAUGAAACUAGCGGACUCCGUAAACCUGAAAACUGCCCUGGGUCGGUGCGCCCUAUACGACUGCAUAAUUGAGCAUGGUGGCGGCGAUGAUGGUGACUCCAUGCCCUCCAUACUGGACCGCACGGUUAGCCAAAGGAAAGGCGGUGUGAAAAAGUCGGAGGACGAGCAGUACUGGAUUAGGGCUUUCCUCGACAUGAGACUCGAGGACUUCGAUAACCCGAGGGAUGAGCUCAACAAACGGCACCAAAAGGGAUGGCACGACGACUCGGUCCAAAGGGUCUACGCUAUGAUCACGCAAUUGAAUGAAUAUAACCUCGAUUUCGAUGGACCCAUGCAUGUGAAGACCAAAGACUUUGAUAAGACUAUCCCCUAGGUUACUGUAAUAAUUUAUUUACUCAUGUAAUUGAAUAAUUUGAUUAAAAUUGGUAUUAUUUUCAAAGUUAAA